AAUCCAUAAUAAGUAGUGUUAACAAAUACAACCUUUUGUAAAAUGUUACCAAAUAAUUCUAACUCUAAUGUCUAACUAUUGCUAGUAAUAAUAUUUUUAGAAUGGGACUUUCGGCAGGAUAUCUUCAGUUAAGUGAGUACAGAGACGUCCCUCAUAUGAGUUUGUUUUAUGGUUGGCUCAUAGUCUGUCUAGCUUUUCUCAUGGUAGAUUUUAGGAAAAAAUUAAGCUUUCUUAUUGUAUUAUAUAAUUUGUACGCAGUCAUAAUGUAAUGGUCCUUCCUUUCAUAGUCUAAUCGCACUCCCAGAUGGUUGACUUUGCUUAUGUAAGCUUUACAUUCAUCUUUGCUGUGGAUUGCAUUACACAGCUCUCUCUCUCUUGCUGUCUCUCUCUCUCUCUCUCUCUCUCUCUCUCUCUCUCUCUCUCUCCAUGUCUGCCUUUAUACGUAUGCUAUGUCAGAAGAGAUGUUGUGAUGGAUAACAGAGGGGGAAGUGGGUGGUUGAGUAUACAGGAUCAGAUGGAUCUGAGGAUUUUGUCAGUCUGUUUACAGGGUUUAUUAUUUGAUGUGGGACACACUGGUGAAAUCUGUCCAGUAGGUUUGUUACAUGAUUGAUUGUUUUAUUUCUCAGAGAUAACAGAAGACGUAAAGUGGCACUAUAAAAAUCGCUUUUAAGCGAAGACCCUGUUCUGGGAGCCUUCUUGAAGACCCAGAUAAUAUGGACGGAUUUUAUGACCAGCAAGUUCCUUUUGUGGUUACACCUAAUUGUUUUUCGACAGCAGAAUUCAUUACAAGUAGAAGAACCAUACAGCAGGCCAUUUAAUGACAGAAAAAGGAAGUUGGUGGAGACUGAACUCGCUCAGGAUACAGAAGAACUUUUCCAGGACCUCAGCCAGCUGCAGGAGAUUUGGAUCGCAGAAGCUCAGGUGCCCGAUGACGAGCAGUUUGUCCCAGAUUUCCAGUCGGAGAACUUGAUGUUUCAUGGCCCACCACCAACCAAGAUCAAGCGGGAACUGAGUCCCUCCAAAGAGCUCUCCCUCUGUAGCCAAGACAGAAGUCCCAUGCCGUAUGGAGAGAAGUGCCUUUACAGCUACAGUGCCUAUGAAAGGAAGCCCUCAGCUGGGUACAAGCCAUUGACUCCUCCCUCAACGCCCGUCUCACCGUGCGGUUCUGCCAAUCCUAUUGGGACACGCCCCCUGCAUCAACAGACCCCUCCCCCUGUCCCCAAUACAACGUUAGGGCAGCAUCUUCUUCAUAGGCAGCCUUCGAUGACCAAGUCCACAACCGGGCAACCGACACUCCCUCACCACAGCCAGAGCCCACCUUUUGCAGUUCCCUGUCCACCCCUGAACCGUGACACUCACUUCAAUGCUGAGCCUAGGUUUCAGCGACAACUUUCAGAGCCCUGCCUUCCGUUCCCGCCCCCUGACACCCAGGGAAGACCCAACUUCAUGCCACAGGUCCCAAGCACUUCACCUAGGGAUGGAAGGCCACCUUACCAUCGCCAAAUGUCCGAGCCCCUGGUUCCUGUGCCUCCUCAGGGUUUCAAACAGGAGCUCCUAGACCCCCGCUACGCCGAGCAGGGUGUACCCAACAUGGGCCCGUCCCAGGCUUUCCACUCGAUGGCCAUCAAGCAGGAGCCUCGAGACUUCUGCUUUGACUCUGAAGUGCCUAAGUGUCAGUCUUCAUUUGGGAGGGCAGCAAGUUUCUACCAAAACCAUGAGAACUUCUCAUAUGACCGAGAUCAGCAGUUGUAUUACGACGACACCUGUGUGGUUCCAGAGAGAAUUGAAGGGAAGAUAAAGCAAGAGUCAUCUGUGUUUCGUGACGGCCCACCGUACCAGCGCCGUGGCUCCCUCCAACUUUGGCAGUUUCUAGUCACGCUCCUGGAUGAUCCCGCCAAUGGCCAUUUCAUUGCCUGGACGGGACGUGGAAUGGAGUUUAAACUUAUAGAGCCAGAGGAGGUGGCUCGACGCUGGGGCAUCCAGAAGAACAGGCCGGCCAUGAACUACGACAAGCUGAGUCGCUCCUUGCGUUACUAUUACGAAAAAGGAAUAAUGCAGAAGGUAAAGGUGGCUGGUGAGAGGUACGUAUACAAAUUUGUGUGUGAUCCCGAGGCCCUCUUCUCCAUGGCAUUCCCAGACAACCAGAGGCCCAACAUUAAAGCAGAUCCCGACAGCCUCGCCGGCGUGGAUGAGGACACACUUCCGUUGACGCACUAUGAUGAUGGGGCUUCGUACCUGUUAGAUGGUGGGGAGCAGUGCGUCGCCGGGAUGCCUUUUCCUGACGGUUACGUGUACUGAACUGUUGAUCUGACUGAAACACAUUUGUCCCUGUUGCCUCAACUCCUGAACUGCCCACUUCCAGAUUAACCCUCCCUAACAUAUAAAAGAAUGAGGAGAUAUCUGCAAGACAAUUUAAGAACCCGAGAAGGUUUCGAGGAAAUGAGCAAAGACAGUAUCCAGCUCUUAAACCUUCCUCAUUGCAAACGGUCAAUGCUGUGAGACGAAACGGUUGAGCUGGAGCAGGACGGUGCUCGAAAGACUAACAAAUCUCACUGCAAGAAUUGUAGCAAUUCUGUUUUUGACAAUCCGCUUUAUAAAGACAAUUGGUAACAAAUUAUUAAGAGACAUGUAAAGAUAUCCCUUCAAUGCAGCACUAUUUAAUAGUUGCCUUUUUGGUCCCAACUUCAUUUUAUGUUUCCUCCGAACCAUGUAGACAAGAAGUCAAAAGGGCUUUAUUUUGCAAGGAGGAUAAAAACCAACCCAUUUAUUUCUUGUUAAGACUAUAGAAAGCUGGCUUUUAUACGUUUUGUUUAAACGUGGACAGCUUAAAUGAUGCUGAGGAUUCCUACAGAUCAAUGUUUUAUUUUUUGUAUCGUUGGUUCUGAAUUCUUUGUCAAGUGUUGUUUUGUAUUAACUUUUUUUGUUUUGUGCUUGUUAACCCAAGAGUUGAUGUAAAGUUCAACCAGAGGCACUCUUAAGUAUAUUUAGCCAACUUCACAGGACUGUUAACCAAUUGUUAAUUAUAUUUCUUUAUGACUAUAGCUAAUUCUUUUGGUUUAGCUUCCCAAAAUGCCAAAUUUUAAAUGUAGAGUUAAUAUUAUUUUCUCAGUUGACAACAUUCAAACGGGAUGCACUAGUCCAGAAUUUCAGGAGAGCAGGAUUAUCAGGGCCUUGCAUGCAAUAAGGUAAAAAAAUACAUUUUCAAGUUGACAAAAGACCACUGCUUCCUUUUGCAUGAUGUACUCAGCUGUCCAAUAACAUAUCGCUUUAUGCUGGACAAAGAAGAAAUUGUGGGGUUUCUGCAUUUGUAUUCUCUCUUUUCUUUCUUUUUUUGGAAAGAUGAACUUAUAUAUUUUUGCAAAGUCUGCAUUUAUUUGAGUUUAUUGUAUAAGCUGUAUAGUUCUGCCUGUAACAGAUUCUCUAUGUAUGUUUUAAAUGGAUCCCUGUGUGGCAGUGAAUGCACACCGCUGGUUACCGGACACCCUUUCCUGGUGGUUUCUAGAGCAGUGCCUUUAAAUGAGAGGUGCCGCUUAUACAUGAACAGUUUGCUCAUUGAAUGAGGGGCUUGUCUCAACCGCCACCACAGAAAGGUUGUCUGCACUUGUACAGGCUUAACCUUGUCCCCUCACAAUGUGUACCUUACACUGCUGAGUUUAUAAUCUGUACUGGGUACAAUAAACUGUCCAUUCUGUUUCA